CGCUUGCACAAGUCGCAUGUGCAGCUGCAGCAUCAGCUUCAGAUAGAGGAGGAGUCAGUUCCAGCGGUGUCGGCGUCCAGGAAGCGGCUCCAGCCCCGGCUCCGGCUCUCGGACCCCCCUCCCGCUACAUAUGGUUCUCCUCCGGCACAUCUCCAUCGCCCUGACCGCCGCCGUGGCUGCCCUGGGCUCCGCGCUCUUCAUCGCCCUCAACUACUUCUAUAAGAGGCGAAUAUGGUCACCACAGGCGGAAUACUGCACGAUCAAAGAGGUGGAGGAGGAGGAGGAGGAGCGCGGGAAGCGUCAGGUCCUGGUUCUCGGUCUGGACGGGGCUGGGAAGAGCAGCAUGCUACAGGGUCUGACCCCCGGGGAGCCAGCGGCUAGAAGAGGCCGGUGCCGACCCACCCGCGGCUUCAACUUCAUCAGCCUCAACGCCCCUGCCUGCCAGCUCGACUUUCUGGAGAUCGGUGGUGGUGAGGAUCUGCGACGCUACUGGUUGGACUACCUGAAAAGGACUCACGUUCUGGUGUAUGUGGUGGACUCCUCUGACAGGAGCCGCCUCCCGUUGGCUAAGGCUGAACUGCAUCGCCUCCUGAAAGUGGAGCCCCAGCUGCCUGUGGUUGUCCUGGGUAACAAGCAGGAUAAGCCCAAUGCAGUGAGUGUAUCGGAGCUUCGUGCAGCCUUGUCUCUGGACAGCAUGCCAGAUAAUAGGAAGCUGUUCCUCUUGGCUGCUCAGCUGGACUCUGAGGGAGCUCUGAUGAAGUCCUGCCAGGGUUUGGACACAGUCCAGGACCUCCUAUUCCAGCUCAUCUGAUUUACGGUCCUCCCACAGAGCAGAACUGGAGGAGACGGACAUCAUCCUCCUCUUUCUUUUUUCUUCUUGACACUAAGGCUUUUUGAAGCAGAGGAGGAGAUGGUGAAGACUGCAGCGUUUGAUGCAAAGGAGGCUGAAAAGAUGCCAGAAUGGAGCAGAAACGACUUGUCUUACUCACUAUAGGAGGAUGAGGACAGAUGGUAGCACAGCAGGGCGUAGGUUUGAUUUAAAGCAGCAGAGUUCAUCGCCUGCCAGUGAAUCACACUUAUUAAAGCAUGUUGUUUAUAGUGUAAAUAUCAAGUCUGCUGUAACAUGACAGGUUUGCAGAUAUAUAAACAGGAUCAUGUUUGGUU